AUGCCUCUCUCACUCACCACAUCAGUUACCAGAAUGCCGCCCAAACCACCUUGCCACUUCUACAAGUUGCCCAACGAGCUCACCCUCUCAAUAAUGGAGCGCAUCGCCGUCAACUCUCCUCGCGACCUAUACAGCCUCACCAACAUCUACCAACCCGCCUACGCGCUCUUCAAUAGUAUCCUAGGCCUCCGUCUCGUGCAAGCGAUACCGGAAGAUCCCAUCGUAGCCGAAGGCGAAAUGAAAAGCAACAAGGCCUGCACCACCUCUACUCUCAACCACCUGCGCCGUCUGGCCGAAGGCAAAACAGAGCUCGAAAGGUUGUCGCGCUGGUAUGAAGAAAGUCAACAUAGCUUCGGGGUCGACGCGUGUCGCCUGCCGACUCGACAUGAAAGACUACGCCCACGAUUCCAGAUCAGGAGUUGGCGACUUGAGGACGAGAUUGAGCCAGCUUUCAGGCGGUUGAUGUGGGUUGUCAAUCGACUUGAGAACAACAAGUCUCUGCCGGGCUCUGUGGCUGACGAGAGAGAGAGAGAGGCAGCGGUGUUGAAACGAUUCCUUUGCGGCUAUCUGGAUGGAUGGUUUGGUGAUUUCGGAUACGAGCAGCUGUUGAUUAUGCGAGACAUUCUUUAUGCCUUCUGCGGUGAACAUACCGAUAAGUCAUUGAUUGCAAGUGUGGAUCAGUUGGCCAGAAGGAAUCGGAGCCUGAAUUUGUUGAGAAUGGUGGGCCAGGAGGGCUGUCAGGCGGCAGCUAUCUUGGGCGCGAAGCUCGACAAUAAGAUUGAGAACAGGCGAAAGGUCAGGCCGAAGUUUUAUCAGCUGUUGCCGUGA